AUGCGUACCCUCGUCUUCCUGACAGCAUUGUCCUUUCUGCUCGUCUUGUCUCGUACUCAAGCCGACAGACCUGAUACUAGUAUUCUUCUUGCUAAGAGCAAUAUUGCGAAGAAUCAAGCUCGACUUCGCUCGUUGUCUCAGAUAUCCCACCCUAAGCUUCAGCCGAUAAGAGCCUAUACACUGCGUUCUGCUGAUGUUGUUGGAGUUCAAGUUCGAGAGGGCCUGACGGGUGACGAAUGCUCUCCGGACCUAGACUGUGUCGGAUCAAGAGAAUGCAUUGAUAUAGAAGAUGGAGAAUCUUUCCCAUGUUCAAACGAAAGUGACUAUUGCUUCUGCUUCCCGGAAGAGGGAUCCGAAAGCUGCGAAUACAGUUAUGAAUGUGUAGAAGGGGAAGUAUGCGCUUCCAUUGACACCGGGAACCCAAUGUGCGCUAGCAAGGCCUUCGUCACCGAAAGGUCCGAUGCCGCUCAAACCGAUGGCCUCACCUUCGAUGCGUGUAAAGCUUCUUAUCAGUGUAUUGCCCCGCGCAUAUGUGAGGCUGUGCUGGAUAAUGAUGAGCUCAAGGAAUGUAACUAUAAUCAUGACAAGCUCUGCAACUGCUUUGCAACGGAACUGACCAGGUGUGAAACAAGCGCCGAUUGUGCGGAUAGGGGAGAAAUAUGUGCGGAAAGAACUGAUAGGGAAUUAGGAUAUUUUCUUUGCAUCUCAAGGGAUAGCGUAGGACGGCUGUCAUUUUGGAGCCCAGCCUCAACCGAGAAUCCUGCAAUUCCCUCCCCAGAGCCUAGUACUGAACCGAAUUCAUCGCCUUCCGCUACUCCCACGGGCCAGAGAUUGCAAAACUGUAAGUAUAGUUACGAGUGCACAGAAGGGGAAGUUUGCGCUUCCACUGACGGACAGGAACCAAUCUGCAGAAGUGAGACCUUCGUUGGCGAAGAUACGGCUACCGUUCAAACGGAUGGACUCACCUGGGAUGAUUGUGAAACGUCUUCUCAGUGUAUUGCCCCGCGCAUGUGCGAGAUUUUUCUGGACAAUGACGAGCUCAAAGAAUGUAACUAUAAUCAUGACGAGCUCUGUCAUUGCUUUGCAUUGCCACUGACCGAGUGUGAAACAAACGCCGAUUGUCCGGAUAGGGGAGAAAUAUGUGCGGAAAGAACUGAUAACGAAUUAGAAUCGUUCCUCUGCGUCUCAGAAGAUAGUGUACGAAGGCUGUCAUUUUGGAGACCAGCUCCUACUGUUACGGAAUCGACUUCACCGGCUCCAACCAGUGCGAUCAGUAUACCAUCACCAAGGCCAGUCGGCACGUUGCCGCCACAGUCGGAUUGUAUCGAUGUAAGAGCUCUGUCACAUCUCAGGGAAGAGGAUCUCGUCUUCAAAACUCAUUUCGUGGCACCGGUUCUAUGCGAUUCGAACGAUAGUUGCGCGACUCCAGCGCACGUCGUGAUGCAUGACGGAAGGCCGAUGAUGAUGAGAAGCUACUGCGCAACUGUGGGAUGUACAAAGAAAAACAUGUACGUGAACAGCCCCAAGUAUUAUCGCAGGCUUUUUGUCAAGUCUAAGACGCCGGGGCUACACUUUACUGUUUUUGCGGCAAGGUAUGGGACUCGCCUUGAAGAGGUUGUGAUUUCGUCUGUAUUGCGACUUGGCUUCUAGACGAGAAAGAAUGUUCAGGUAUUGUAUGUAGUGGAGCGAAUGGGUCGAUCCGGACGUGGUGUGAGUUUAUCAAGAACGCAAGGUACAUUAUCGAGUUACGCAUGGAAAUAUGUUGACGUGAAAGACGUCAAAGUUGAGGUAAAGGCGUGAGGCGUGUGAGAUCUACGGGAGGACAGCACCAGACAUCCUGCUGUCGUGUAUGAAACGACGAGUCGGGCUCUCGGAGUGGUUGGAAAGGAAUGUUUAGAUCACCGUAUUGUGAUGAUGGCAUCUUGUAAUGGGCGGAGUAUCGUGGCAGUACAGUACUCGAAAUUUGUAGCCCAGUAAAUCAACAUACCGUACCUUCGAAGGUACGGUAUUGCGCAA